AUGCCAAGAAGGAAGAAGCCCACAGAGGGCUUGGACUCCCGAGGUCAGGAUGGGGAGGAGAAGGAGGAGGAGAAGAGGAACCUCAGCAAUGCCAAGAAGAAGCGCAGUUUUGUGGAUGCAUUUAUUGUUAUAUCCGACAGCGAUGGAGAGGAGUCAAAGGAGGAGAGAGAAUUGCAAAAGAAGAGAUCCAAACAGCAGCUGGAGAGAGCGAAGUUUGCUGCUAAAAGAAAAAUUACACAGAUGACUGAAGAGGAACAGUUUGCACUGGCCCUGAAAAUGAGUGAGCAAGAAGCCAGACAAGUGAACUGUCAGGAAGAGGAAGAGGAGGAGCUCUUGAGGAAGGCCAUUGCUGAGAGCCUUAAUAGCUGUCAGCCCUCAGACUCUUCUGAUGCAACCCCUCAGCUGUCUGCAGAAGCACUGGGCAUGCAAGGCCAAAGUCAACCCGCUGAGAAAGAAGGCUCUGAGAUCCUGGGAGGUCUGGCACUUUGCCCUGACACCCCUUGCUCUAAGUGCAGCUCCCACUCACAGAGCACCAGAGCUGAUGGGAGUGGACAGAUGGAUGUCGCCCGGAGCCCCCUGGUAGUGUUGAGGAGGUUAAGCCAGGAAAUUGUUGAGAGCUCGCUAGUAUCCAGCAUAAUCGUGUCUCCGGGGAAGGGCCAGCCUGUGACAAGGUCAAGUGGAAAGCCUUCCUCACCAGCAAAAAGUGAUUCUAGUAACAUGUUACCCAGCACUCUUGGAGAGGACCUCAUCUCUUUGAGUCCUGUCUUUGGCAGAGUAUCUUCAGGCUCCUGGCGACUGACACCUCGGAGACUGUUCAGAAGCCCCUCCAGCUCUUCUGAAGCAACAGGCCAUGAACCAAAAGAGCAGCCCCUGCCCUGCACUGACCAUUCUGCAGGAGAGGCUGUUACUGGUAGCUCAGCCAUGCUCUGGAAGAGCCAGGCUGUGGAACAGUGUGGCAGCCCCAGGAGAAGUGGAGGAGCAGGUAUCAAGCACACCUCGCAGCCCAGGCAUGCCACCAAAGCUUCUGCUUCCACAGAGCGAGUAGAGCAGGGUGAAGUGCCCGACAGUACCCCUAAGCUUUGUGUACUAAAUGUGGCAGAGGAGAAGCACAAGCAGGAGGAGGUGAGAGACACAGUGCACUAUUACUGGGGGAUCCCCUUCUGCCCCAAAGGGGUGGACCCCAACCAGUACACCAAAGUCAUCUUGUGCCAGCUGGAAGUUUACCAAAAGAGCCUGAAGCAGGCUCAGAGGCAGCUGUUGCAUAAGAAGGAAUUUGGUAACCCAGUUGUGCCCAGUUCUUCCUUGAGCCAAAAUGAGCUUGGGAGAGAAGAGCAGAUGAACAGGGAGAAUGGAGUUGCUGAUGAUACAGAAGAUGGAGACCUAGAUGGGCAGAAGGAGUCUGAGAGCAUCACCUGGCUCCUCCCUUCAAAGAGGAGGGAGGCAGAGAGUCCAGGGCACAGCAUGGAAGAAGAGAAGAGCUCUGCUUCUGACGAUGAACCGACCACCAGCUACUGCCAGGCCUCCCAGGUGCUGCCUGCAGAGGAUGUGGGUGAAGAUGGAGAACCCAUGCAAAUAGCACAGAGCAUCUCCAUGUUGACCCCACUUGGCAGUAAAAGGAGCCCAGAUAUUUCCACAGAAAACUCUGCUGAAGAAGAGAUCUCUGUUUGCCCAGAAACCCAGCUGAGUCCACUGGAAGCUAUUGAGGCGGAGAGCGAAGAACUCUGCUUGGGCAGCAGAGAUGCCCCUUUGCAGGCUGGUGGAAAUGAAGAUGCUGGCAGAAUUGUGUCUGAGCGCAGUCCUACAGCUGGUGACCAUGUGUCAUGCCCACUGUGUGACCAAGACUUCCCAGCAGCAGAGAUUGAGCUGCAUGCCAUGUACUGCAACGGCAUCGUGGGAGAGGAGGCUGGCAAGGACAGCCCAGUGCUCACUCGGCGUCAGAGAGAGGCAAGAAGUAAAGCUGCCAGUGGUGAAAGUGGUCCAACAUCCUUAGACAUUGACAAGUGUGAGAAGUGCUACCUCUGUAAGUCACUGGUGCCACUGCUGCAGUAUCAGAGGCACGUGGACAGCUGCCUUCAGGCUGCUAGGCAAGCUCAGGGAACCAGGAGGCUGCGAAGCACCAAGCAGGACGUUGGAAGGCAGGAGAGGGGACUCCUCAGGAUGCUGGAGCUCUCGGAGAGCAGGGCUGCAGGUGGUGACACAGGGACCCCUCUUGCUGGACUAGGAGACCAACAGUCCCCUGCUGCAGUCUCAGCCAGAGCCAGAGGGCUAGUGGAAGACAGGCACAGCUCCCUUCAGCACCUUCCUCCUGACACCUCUCCUGUGAAACCUGGCAUCUCCUCAGAAGCUGCAGACUGCGUGGAGGACUUGGAGCUUCACGUGGCUCUUCGCCCAGGCAGCCAGCAGCAGGCCAAAGGCUGCCACCGGAGAAAGCGCAAGUUCUGAGGCCCGGGGGGUGGCAGGGCCCCCUGGUAGCCUCCUGCACCCUGGUGAGGGUUUGGUGGCACCAUAUCCCUGCUCCACCCACAGCCUUGUUCUCCCACUCCCCUUUUGUAUGUUUUAUACGACCUGAGCAGGGAGCACUGGGUGGAGAAGUGACUGUAUGUUUUAUGGGUGCCUGUGCAGCU